CGAUCCGAAUCUGCCAAUGACUCAAAUUGUUCAAAGUCUCGUUUCCCCCAACCCGUACUCAUGUUCGUUUUCGGGGUUUGGUGAAAGCGGUUCUCCAUCGACCGAUAAACCUUCAUCCGUUAUUCCGACACAAAAAGCUCCGCUUAAUCCACCUUUUCUUCCUGCACAACCGGCUAUUCCACCACAACAACCUCAGUUUAUUCCAAUUUCCUAUACUUCACGACAGACACUACCCAUUCUACCUACUUAUCAGUCCAUUCAACUUCCUGAACAACAAUUUUAUCCAGCACAACAGCCGCAACAGACUUAUCCAGAGACAAUGCCUACACAGCAAGCACCACUUAAUACACAUUUUAAUCCCCAGCAACAAUCUCAGCCUAAUCCUGCUCCUUAUACCACACAACAUCCACCGACAAAUCAAUCUUAUCAUCCUCAACAGCCUCAACAGACUUGGUAUAAUCCAGACACAAUGGCACCAUAUAUGUGUGCAGCAUGGCCGCCAUAUCAUAGUCCUCAGAGUCUUGUACCGAAGGAAACGGAUCUGUCUACGCCAGCUAUUGGUAAUCCAACACAACAAUCACAGUCUAGACAAUGUUAUCCCUCGCAACUGCCUCAGACCUUUCCAACACAGGAAACAUAUCCACCUGUUUGUCCAACACAUCCCCAAAGUACUCUUCCUGUUUGGACAACAUCGAAUACUCCUGGACCAUCUCACACAUCAACACUUCCGAGUUUUUGUCCACCCACUUCGCAGCCAAAGAAUUUUUCUGUUAGCCAGACAUCUACAGGACCUAUUCGUGCAGCAAUGCCUCCAGCUUCCGUUAUUCCUCUUCAAAAUAUUCCUCUUCCACCCAAUCCUCCAUCAACUUCACAGGCUAUUGAUUUUGGUCAGACCGAGAAUGUCCCUGCUGGAAACAUUAAGCAAAUAUUAUGCUCUAAAUGUGGAGAAUACAUUUACGACACUUAUUAUAGAAAGCAUUUUCCGAAAUGUCAAGGAGGCCAUGCAAGAAAGAUGAGAAAAUAA